GGGCUUCUUUAUUUUCCCCCUCCCUCUCCUUCCGGAAGUAGUGUGGAAACAACACAAAGGAAGGAAGAAAGAUGGCGGCGGCCGUGAGGCAGGAGUUGACGCAGCUUAUGAGCUCCAGCGGCUCCCACAAGGACUUAGCGGGGAAAUAUCGGCAGAUAUUGGAAAAAGCAAUUCAGCUUUCUGGAGUCGAACAGUUAGAGGCAUUAAAAGCCUUCGUAGAAGCAAUGGUGAAUGAAAAUGUCAGUUUAGUGAUUUCACGCCAGUUGCUGACAGACUUCUGUACUCAUCUCCCAAGCCUUCCUGAUGGCACAGCUAAAGAAAUCUACCACUUCACCUUGGAAAAGAUCCAGCCUCGUGUAAUUUCAUUUGAGGAGCAGGUUGCUUCUAUAAGACAACAUCUUGCAUCAAUUUAUGAGAAAGAAGAAGACUGGCGGAAUGCAGCCCAAGUGUUGGUGGGGAUUCCUUUGGAAACAGGACAGAAGCAGUACAAUGUAGACUAUAAACUGGAGACUUAUCUAAAAAUUGCCCGACUAUAUCUAGAGGAUGAUGAUCCUGUUCAGGCUGAAGCAUACAUAAACAGGGCCUCUCUUCUUCAGAAUGAAUCAACGAAUGAACAGCUUCAAAUACAUUAUAAGGUGUGCUAUGCCCGUGUUCUAGACUACAGAAGGAAAUUCAUUGAAGCUGCCCAGAGGUAUAAUGAGCUUUCGUACAAGAGUAUAGUCCAUGAAAGUGAGAGACUAGAGGCACUGAAACAUGCCUUGCAUUGUACUAUCUUAGCAUCAGCAGGGCAGCAGCGUUCUCGCAUGUUAGCCACUCUGUUCAAAGAUGAGAGGUGCCAGCAGCUUGCAGCCUAUGGGAUACUGGAGAAGAUGUACCUGGACCGGAUUAUCAGAGGAAACCAGCUACAGGAAUUUGCUGCCAUGCUUAUGCCACACCAAAAAGCAACAACAGCUGAUGGUUCUAGUAUUUUGGACAGAGCUGUCAUUGAACACAAUUUGCUAUCUGCAAGCAAACUAUAUAACAACAUAACCUUUGAAGAACUAGGAGCAUUAUUAGAAAUCCCUGCUGCCAAGGCAGAAAAGAUAGCCUCCCAGAUGAUCACAGAGGGUCGCAUGAAUGGAUUCAUCGAUCAGAUAGAUGGAAUAGUUCACUUUGAAACUCGGGAAGCCUUACCAACUUGGGACAAACAGAUCCAGUCACUUUGCUUCCAAGUUAAUAAUCUUCUGGAGAAAAUCAGCCAGACUGCCCCAGAAUGGACAGCACAGGCCAUGGAAGCUCAGAUGGCUCAGUAAAGUUUCUUUUCCUAUAAAGAAAGACUAUUUCUCAAAAUGUGAAACAAGCAUCUGAAACUGAGUAUCUGUGUUUGUUCAGCUUCUGCUAAAACCCAAACUAGAUAAAAGAUAGAUGCAUUCUCUUAAAGGAACAGCAGUGUCUCAUUAAACUAGUUUUGAGGUGGAACUGAAAAAUAACAGGAUGGAGGAGAAAAACAAGUUAAAGUUUUUUAUUAAAAUUUCAAUUGUUUUGAGGCCUUGUGAAUAUUUUUGUGGCAUGACGACUGGAGUGCCAUGUUUCCUUUAGCUGUAAUUAUUCCAGUAAAGCCAAGCUAGGGAUGAGUCAGAUACAAGGUACAUGGAUUCUGUGUUUUGUCUUCCCUGUAAAACCUCACUAUUGAAUUUAGUCUUUGAAAAUGUUUGUUGUGAAGCAUAUUUUAAAGUGUAAGUACUUUAGUUGAAAUAUGACAUGCUUAUGUUUACGGGCCCUUUUCAUGUACAGAGGAAGAAGAAAGCAAAUGUGGGAGAGUUGUCCUCAAUUCUUGCUGGAGUUGUUUGAAUUGGGCAGGUCGGUGGAAAUCUGGCCUUAAGAAUAGGGUGAAAGGUGGAAGAGGAGAUAGAAUAGUCAUAAGUUUUCGGUCCUGUAUAAUUCUUCACCUUUGUCAUAAUUGAGAGAAGCAGAAUAAAUUAUUCAAAAUAAA